GUGUGUGUUGUGACGCACUUCCUGCUGAACUCACUCAGUGGAAGAGAAACACUCAUGGCGGUGGAGGUGUACUUGCUUUGGUUAUUGCCGUUAUUACAAACGCUGGCGUCUUAUGGAGCGGAGCUCUCCUCUGAGGCCUGCAGGGAGAUGGGCUUCUCCAGCAAUCUCCUGUGCAGCUCCUGUGAUCUCCUGGGUCAGUUCAGCCUAGGCCAGUUAGACCUGCCCUGCAGGCAGUGCUGCCAAGAGGAGGCUCAGCUGGAGUCAAGAAUGCUCUAUCCAGGAGCCAUCCUUGAGGUCUGUGGAUGAAAAUUGGGGAGGUUCCCUCAAGUCCAAGCUUUUGUCAGGAGUGACAAGCCAAAGAUGUUCAGGGGUCUUCAGAUCAAGUAUGUCAGAGGCUCAGACCCUGUACUAAAGCUGCUGGACGAUUACGGGAACAUUGCGGACGAGCUCAGCAUCCUCAAGUGGAAUACAGACAGUGUGGAAGAAUUUCUUAGUGAGAAGUUAGAACGAAUUUAGACUCACAGUUUCAUAUUUAAAGUCAGAUUUUCAACUGAAUCAAAGGACAAUAAAUUUUUGUGCUUAAUAAUGGACAUUAAAAACAUACUUUUUUUUUUUUUGGUCUCUGAAAGUAAACAUCAGUUUGUGGUUUGAGUUUAAGUGAUCAGGACAUACUGUACUUAUUUUUAUGAUUUUUCCGCUGCAUAUUGUUGAAUCGUUGAUAUGCUGUGGCCUUUUAUACGUCUUGUGUCUGAGUGAAGCCUGUUGAAUGUGCUGGUUUGGUAAAGCUUGUGGCGACUCCUCAGAAGCACGUGUUUAUGUGGAUUUGCACAUUAGUGAAGGCUUGACAGUAAACCAGUCCCUGGAAUGUGAGGCCUGAAGACCCUGUGUAAGUCUCUGAGCAUGUUGUUAUGGCGGGAACCUUCGAGCUCUACUCCAGUAUGAGAAGGUGCAAUCUCUUCAUUUAAAUGUUUAAAAAAAUGAAUUGAAACUCAAUUUCAUUAGUGCACAGACAAAUAAACCUGUUUUUCAUAUGAAUGUUUUUGACUUUUUCCCCAUAGCAUUUCAUAGUUAAAUGUGUAAAUGGUUUAAGCGAUAUGACUGUUAAUGACAAAAAA